GUCUCCUCCUUUUGUGUGUGCAAGCUCAGGAAUCGAGAGCUAAACGUGGUGGUAGAUUUUGCGAGUGUAUUGUGAAAGGAAGACAACAAAGCAAGAGUUUAGAGGAGUCGGCGCUUUCCAAGGAAGUCCAAUCAGCCUCUUGCUUCUUUCUUUGUCCCCUUUAUUCUAGAGAGUCUUGCCCCGUGGCGUUAUGCUAAUAGUGAGACCGUUCCCACUCAGUACUUCUAGCAGUUAUUGUGAACCCGAGAGGACUCUAAUGGAGAGAGCGAAGAGCUGUAGCAUGAGCGACGAGGAGGAUGGAAGGAUCCAGGGCCCAGAGCAGGUGGCAAGAGAGAAAGAGGAGGGGCCGCCAUUGAAGCCUUCUACUAAUAAUAAGAAGCACAGGAGGGGCAAGAAAAGAAGUGGUGGUCCAGGAGGCCGUCCAAAAUGGAAGCCAUAUUCAAAGAUGAGCCUCGAGGAGAGGAAACAGGUUGACGAAUGGGAGGAGAAGCACGUUGCCAUCAGAGAAGCCGAGAUUAAUGCUCGCUCUAAAAGACCAGUAGCUCCUUUUAAUAGUACCCAGUUCUUGAUUGACGAUCGGUGCGAGGAUCAGUAUAGGCGACCUUCCAGAACACUCUCUUUUGACUCAUCAUCAGGUGACGAUGUUCAUUACGAUUUGUCCGACGAAGACCAAGAAGCUUUUUUAGAAGCGGACUUUAAUCAGGUCUACCUCCAGCUAAAGCUGAAUAGAUUGGAAGGGAUGAGCAAGCAGGACCUUAUCAGCCAGUGCUGCAAUUUAGAGGACAAAGUCUCCGUCAUUGAACAAGAAAAAAUGGAGCUCCUGUCACAGUUGCAUCAACUUAAGAAAGCUAAUGGAAUGGUGACAGAGAGCCAUGAGAAUAAUAACACUACAACCAAUGACAUUACAACUACCAGUCAUUAGUACUACAACUUUAUAAUGCUAACUGUGUAUGUAUAUAUGUAUACAGGUUUAUUUUUUCUAGUACUCACGACUACCUGAACUAUCAUUGGACAUAUUCAAACUGAAUACUUUCCCUCUCUCUCCCUUGGGACAGGUAAUCCUUACCUGUUCUGUAUAGUAAAAUUGCAGUGUUCCUGCUAUGUGGCUGAUUGGUGUGUGCGAGUCACACAAUAGGAGUCAAUUCAUUUGUGUGGAUAAUGAAAUUCCUGACACAAACAACUAUUGAUGAUUGAUUUAUAAAUGAAUUAGUUAUAAAACAUGA